UGGUUCCACCCUUAUUUGCAAGACUUUAAUAUGGUCAUCCUCGAAAGUCUGUCCGGGGAAAGAUGGAUCCUUGGUUCCUCAUCCUCGCCACCCUCUUCGUCGCCGCCCUUCUCAGAGCCGCUGCCAACCUCCUCUCCUCCUCCCCUGAGAAGAAGAGCCUCCCGCCAGGCCCCCUCACCUUCCCCGUCAUCGGCAACUUCCUAUGGCUCCGCAAGUCAUCCUCAGAGCUCGAGCCCGUCCUUCGUUCCCUCCAUGCCCGCCACGGCUCGAUGGUCACCCUCCACCUCGGUUCCCACCCCACCGUCUUCGUCUCUUCCAGGGCACUUGCCCACGAGGCCCUCGUCCACUGCGGUGCUGUCUUCGCCGACCGCCCGCCGCCCCUACCCACCAUCCGCGUCCUCUCCGCCAACCAGCACAACAUCAGCUCCACCUUCUACGGUCCCACCUGGCGCCUCCUCCGCCGGAACCUCACGGCGGAGAUCCUCCAUCCCUCCCGCGUGCGCUCCUACUCCCACGCCCGCGCUUGGGUCCUCAACAUCCUCGUGGGGGAGCUUAAAUCCCAGCCUGGUGGUGUUGUCCGCGUCGUCGACCACUUCCAGUACGCCAUGUUUUUCUUGCUAGUCCUCAUGUGCUUCGGAGAUAGGCUCGAAGAAAAGAAGAUAAAGCAGAUCAUGGAGGCUCAGAGAAAAUUGCUGCUGGAACUGCGGCGGUUCAACGUGCUCAAUUUCUGGCCGUGGCUGACCAAGCUAGUGUUCCGGAAGCGGUGGAAGGAGUUCAACGAGCUCUGGGAGUGUCGGAAACGCGUCCUCAUCCCGCUCAUCAGAGCUCAAUCCAAGGCCAAUCGAGAGCAACUGAGAAAAGCACAGGAGGACGGGAACGACGACGACGGCGAUUGGAUCAUGUCGUAUGUGGACACGCUCCUGGACUUGGAGCUGCCGGAGGAGAAGAGGAAGCUGGAGGAGGGUGAGAUAAUGGGCCUCUGCUCGGAGUUCCUCAACGCCGGUACUGACACAACAUCCACAGCGCUGCAGUGGAUCAUGGCCAACUUAGUCAAGUACCCCGAAAUCCAGCAGAGGCUCUACGAUGAAAUCAAAUCAGUCGUUGGACAAGGGGCGGAGCAUGUGAAGGAGGAGGAUUUGCAGAGGAUGGGCUACUUGAAGGCGGUGGUGCUGGAGGGUCUGCGCCGCCAUCCGCCAGGGCACUUCGUGUUGCCGCACGCAGUGACACAGGACGCGGAGCUGGGCGGGUACGUGAUCCCCAAGGACGGGACCAUCGACUUCAUGGUGGCGGAGAUGGGUUGGGACCCGGAAGUCUGGGAAGACCCAAUGGCGUUCAAGCCCGAGAGGUUUUUGAUUUGCGGAGGGGGCGGUGAAGGAGAAACUGGCGAGUUCGACAUCAGGGGGAGCAGAGAGAUAAAGAUGAUGCCGUUUGGGGUGGGGAGAAGGAUGUGUCCCGGGUACGGGCUUGCCAUGCUGCAGCUGGAGUACUUCGUAGCAAACUUAGUGUGGCUAUUCCAGUGGCGGGUGGUAGCCGGCGAGGAGGUGGACCUGUCGGAGAAGGAGGAGUUCACCACAGUGAUGAAGAACCCCUUGAGGGCUCAGAUUUGUCCCCAGAAUUGGGGAACCUGA